UAACAGUGUGAACGCUGAGAAACCUGGGUAAGAUGUUGCGAGCACCGUGUGCCUGUGUAACAAUCACUGUGUACUUGCUAUGUACCGUAGCGCUCCAGGUGGUACGCGACGAUGGGUAAAACGGGCAUUCGGCGGCCUUAUCUGAUUUCAUUCGUACUUAAGGGUGUUGCAUCACACACGCAACCUCCUAUAGUCCACAACCAUGAACAUCCAAAACCCAGACGCCGAACGCGAUUAUAUUCCUAUUGCUGACCAUGCCCUGAUCGGGAAUUUGAGGACUGCCGCGCUGGUCAGUCUUGAUGGAUCGAUCGAGAGUUACUGUGUCCCAAAUUUCGACUCCCCGUCCAUCUUUGCACGCAUCUUGGACAAAAACAAGGGUGGUCAUUUCUCCAUUACACCGACGGUUCCAUUCACCACCAAGCAAAACUACUUGCCAAGCUCGAAUGUGCUGCAGACUAAGUUUCUUAAUGAGAAGGGCGUGGUUAGUGUCACCGACUUCCUUCCCCGCCAAGAAAACGGCACAUCUACCCGUCCGUUACUGUUUUGGCUCGUCAGACGCGUCGAGGUGAUCCGCGGCACCAUCCCGCUGCGCAUCGAAUGUGCGCCCGCUUUUAACUAUGCGCAGGACCCCCACGACACCAAUAUCGUCCCCGACGAUACUAUCCCGCUCCAAUUUUCCAAGCAAAACAAAGUCGUUUUCACUUCGAGGCCCGCCGGCACCUCCCCACCAGGUCUCGGGACUGGCGCGAGCCCGCAGAGCACGUCGCAUAGCCCGCUCACGCUCGACUUGCGGUUCGUCUCCGAGUCCUUGCUUGACAAUGUCGCUGUGCCUGAGGUGUCCUUGGAGACCCUGGAUCUCAGCGCGAAGGGCCAUCUAGGUUUGGCCGCAAAGACGGAGCUAACGCUUGUAGAGGGUCAGCGACUGACGUUUGUGUUGCGGAUUGCGCCUGAAUGUAAAGGUGAUGGUGGACCUGGAGUUGAUGGAGAGCAAGCAGAGAUGUUAGGAGUUAAUUUUGAGAAGUUGAUGGCAAGUGCACACAAUAUGAGGCCAAAGGAUGAUCCGAUCUUGACCAAGGAACUCCUCGAACAUCUAUUUGUCUCUACCAAUAGUUACUGGAAUGCUUGGAUCAGGAAAUCCACCUACCAGGGCUCGUGGAAGGAGGCUGUGCACCGGAGCGCGUUGGCGUUAAAGUUGCUCAUCUAUGAACCCACUGGUACGUGUUCCGCCUUGAAGUUCGGACGUCUAUCUUUGAGUGCCCGUUCAUUUCCGUCUAUAGGCGCUAUUGUCGCGAGUCCGACAUUCAGCUUGCCCGAAUACAUUGGUGGGACCAGAAAUUGGGACUACCGGGCCUCCUGGAUUCGCGACUCUUCAUUCACGCUAUACGCUCUGAUUAGACUCGGAUUCACGCAGGAGGCUAACGCAUAUAUGGAAUUCAUCUUUGAGCGACUGAAGAACAAGAACCCAGAUGGUUCAUUGCAGAUUAUGUACACAAUCCAUGGUGGUAAAGAUCUGGAGGAGAAAGAGCUUCUUCAUCUUGAUGGACACAAAGGUUCUAAACCUGUUCGUAUCGGCAAUGGUGCAGCCGACCAUGUCCAAUUGGAUAUCUACGGCGAAUUGAUGGAUUGUAUUUAUCUUGGACAGAAGUUCGGUAAACCAUUGUCGUAUGACACAUGGGUAUUGGUUCGGGAACUUGUUGACUUCGUUGUCGCAAACUACAAGGAACCCGACUUAUCCAUAUGGUCAGUACGCGUCAGGCAGGUGUGUGUUGAGGCUAAGUGUCAAUGUCCAUAUCACAGGGAAGUCCGGGGCAAGGAGCGCCAUUUCACUUAUUCAAAGAUUAUGCUUUGGGUUGCAAUCGAUAGAGGCCUUCGGCUGGCGGACAAGCGCUCUCUUCCUUGUCCACACCGUCUCCAAUGGCUUGCCGCACGCGAUGAUCUUUACGAAGAUAUCAUGCAAAAGGCGUGGAACAAGGACUUGCAGAUCUUCGGGCAGAGCUACGAAGAGACUGACGUGCUCGAUUCAUCCGUGCUCAUUAUGCCCCUCGUGUUCUUCAUGAUGCCGUCUGACACACGGUUCGUGAGCACGCUCAAGCAGAUUCUGAAGACACCCGAAAGGGGAGGAUUGACCUCCAACAACCUCGUCUACCGGUACGAUGUCAACAAAUCUGAUGAUGGUGUGGGAGGCGAGGAAGGCACGUUCUGUCUCUGUACGCUGUGGUGCGUCGAGGCUUUGACUCGCGCCGGCGAGUUUGAGAGGCCGCUUUUGCAACGUGCGGUAGAGAUGUUUGAGGACUUCCUGCUGUAUUUGAAUCACGUGGGCUUGUGCAGUGAGGAGAUCUCAGAGUCUGGUGAUGCGCUUGGAAAUGCCGUACAGGGGUUCACACAUGUCACGCUCAUCUCGGCGGCAUACAAUCUUUCAAGGACCCUGGCAAAUCAACGAUCGACAUAGGCAUGUGUAGUUGAAAAAGAGUUACGAAUUCACUUCCUGUAUAGAAUGCCAUGUUGUAAUUGUAACUGUUCUUUGCCAUUGAUUCCUCAU